AUGACUCCAGACGCUGCUGGGAAGACGGUGGUGGUGAAGCUGGGCACGUCGUCGAUUCUGUCGGAGUCGACGAUGCAGCCCAAAAUCAAGAUCAUGUCGUCGAUCGUAGAGACGGUGCUGCAGCUGCGCACGGCCGGGCACCGCGUGAUCCUCGUGUGCUCCGGUGCGAUUGGCGUCGGCCGCGUGCGCAUGGGCAUGACUGAGCGCCCGAAAGACCUCGGCGAGCGCCAGGCGCUUGCGGCGCUGGGCCAGCUGCGGCUUAUGACAUUGUGGGACAAUUUGUUUGGCGUGGUAGGCAUCAGCGUCGCGCAGGUGCUGCUCACGCGCGCGGACCUCGCCGAUAGCCCACGGUACCACAAUGCGCGCACCACGCUCGACACGCUGCUUGCGCCGCAGUUUAACGCGGUGCCGAUUGUGAACGAGAACGAUACCGUGUCGCUGUACGAGAUGCGUUUCGGCGACAAUGACUCGCUCUCGGCGAUCACCGCGGGGCUCGUCGACGCCGAUUUUUUGUUUCUGUGCACGGAUGUCGACGGGCUGUACACCGACAACCCGCGGACGUGCCCCGAGGCGUACCGCCUCGGUGUCGUGCCGUCGGUCGACGAGGCCCGAAAAGAGGCGAGUGUCAAGACGCUCGGCUCCUCGUUCGGCACGGGCGGCAUGCAGACCAAGCUCGUCGCCGCCGAGCUCGCGACUGCAGCGGGCGUCACGACCGUCAUCCUGAACGGCGAGCACCCCGAAAACAUUGCGCGCAUCGUCGACGCGGACCUGCCCAGGACGCUGCAGCCUGGCGAGCGCCCGGCGCUGAACGAUCCGCCCCACACGCUCUUUCUCCCGAGCGGCGUGCGCUUGCCCGCGCGCAAGUGGCGUAUCCUGCACGCGAUGCACCCCGCCGGCGCGCUCGUCAUUGAUGACGGGGCGUACGAGCGCAUCUCGCGCAAAGACUCGGGCGGGCGCCUCCUCCCGGCCGGCGUCGUGGGCGUGCGGGGCAACUGGGAGCGGCUCCAGGCGGUGCGCCUGGUGGUGCAGCGCGGCGGCGACGAGAUCGAGGUCGGCCGCGCGCUCGCCAACUAUGCGUCGAUCGAGUGCGAGCGUAUCAAGGGUCUGCAGAGCUCGCAAAUCUACGAGGCACUGGGGUGUGCCGACUCGAGCUAUAUCACCGACCAGAUCGUCCUGUCGGAGUCCGCUCAGAAGCUUUUGUAUACAUAG